CACAUUUUUAUUUCAGAUUUUCGAGGUGUCAAGCAAGGGAUCAAGAAGAAGGGGGAAAGAAAUGUCUGCUCGAUUGCUGCGGAGAGUCCUAAAGGAGCAAGAUGAGCAGCGUCUCGGUUUAUCCAAUGUCCAACAAGAUGCUGGUGGCGGUGGCGGCGAUGAGACGGGGGAGGAGUCCGAUUCUCCCGUCGCCGGCGCUCCUUCCAGAAAUCUCUUCGAUCUCCUCGACAAUCAGGGCUAUGAAGAGGAUACUGUUGGCGAUAGCACAGAAGAUAUUAUUGAAAAGCAGCAGUCUGUGAUUAGAAAAGCCUAUGAUGCAGUUCCUGUUAUGAACUACAAAUCAAAGAAAAAGAAGAAAAAAAACAAGGAGAUCCAGAAAUCUGCCAAGUUCAAAGAUGAAGAAUCACUCGAUUCAAUUCUAGAAGAGCUUUCUAUUGACGUAAAGGCUUCUCAUGAAAAUAGAUGCCAUAGUGCUAAAGAACAAAAUGAGAAUGUGAUUGAUGCUACCAAAAAGCAAGGUGGUUCUUCAAUCUUAACAGUGGAUUCAAAAUAUUUAAAAGUUGAGAAUGAAUUACGAAAAAUAUUUGGUUCUAGAGUCGUUAGUUCUUUUGAAAAUAAUGAGAUUGGGGGAAACUUGAGACAAAUCCAUGGUGGAAGACGUGCAAUCCACAACCCACGGAGAACCAUUCUUGUCACUCCAUCAAGUUUUUGGCCAAGAUGGGACGGUUCUUUGUCCAUGGAAUUGAUUGAAACAAAGGAUGGGCUUCAUUAUUUUAGGUAUUUACAUUCUGCGGCUUAUAGUCAUGCACAAGAAGCUUUUGAAGCUGCUAAAUCUGCUAAUGAUCUCAACGCCAUUGCAAGCAUCUUAGCUCAUUAUCCUUAUCACAUUGAAUCUUUGCUGACAUUUGCAGAGGUUUUCAAGUUUUCAGGAGAACAUCAGUCAUCAGCUGAUGUACUUGCUAAGUGUUUAUUUGCACUUGAGUGUGCAUGGCAUCCAUUAUUUACUCCGAUGCAGGGAAACUGUCAACUAAAAUACAUUCAUGAUACAAAUAAGCCAUUCUUCACUGCACUUUUCUGUCAUAUGAAAAAUUUAGACAGACGUGGCUGUCAUCGAUCGGCAUUAGAAGUCUGCAAACUUCUGUUGUCUUUAGAUUGUGAUGACCCUAAGGGAGCUUUACUUUGUAUCGAUUAUUUCUCUUUGAGAGCAGAAGAGUAUAGAUGGUUAGAAGAAUUCGUUGAUGAGUAUAGAAGUGAUAACUCAUUAUGGAUGUUCCCUAAUUUCUCAUAUUCUCUUGCAUUUGCUCGCUUUUUUAUUGAGCAUGAUUUAUCAUCAUCCAGUAACUCUACUGAGCAGACUGAGAAGGCCUCAUCAACUGACCUUAUGAAGCAAGCAUUGAUGCUUCACCCUUUGGUUUUGCAGAAGUUAGUUGUUAAGGCACCUUUAAAAGAAUCAUUAUGGACCCAGAUACUAAAGAAUUCAUUUUUUGGUUCUGCAAAAGCUGGAAGCCCCACAUUGGAGCACCUUAUAAGCAUAUAUGUGGAGCGAAGUUAUCUUAUAUGGAGGUUCCCAGAACUGCAAAAUUUGUUGAAAGAAGCUGCUCUGCAAGUUAUUGAAUCUUUUAAAGCGAGCAGCAGCGAAGCCAAGGAUUGGGCAUGCGUCAGGAAAGAAGCUUUCUCAUCAGAGAGAAAUGAAUAUUCUCAUCUUCUGGUCUCGGACUUUUCUGAUACAAUUCCGACGAUUCCACCUGAGGAGCUGCGUCAGUUUAUGGUCGGACCGCAUUUAGAUGAGAUCCAUCCUGCUGAUGAAGGAGAUGCAAAUCCACAGACAGCUCAUGCUACCCAUGAAGUUGCUGGCCGCAAUGCGGCAGUUGUUUUCUUGGAGUCUUUGUUACCAUGGGUUCAUUAUGGAGAGAGGCAAGCCCAUGCGGAAGAUCAUGAUCAGAAUAUACAAUGAAGAACAUUUUAUGUUACUGUUCUUAACGAGGACGAAGGUCAACGUCUUCAUUAACAGGUCAGGUCAGGCUAGGCCGAGUGUGAAGGACCGACUCAUCGAGUAGGAAAUUUCAAAUGGGAAAUCUUGUAGGACUCAAAUUUAGCCUGCUCUGUCGAUCUAGAACAUAUAUUGUAAAUAACUAGUGGACUACAACCUGUCAUCUAAAAAUAUGUGGAUUUUGUAUUCUUAUUCUAAAUUCGACUAUAUGGUUAUAUUUUGAUGCCAACAUUUAUUAAUAAGAAUUCUCACAUAUAUGUAGGGGCACAUAAACAUCAGGACAAAACCCGUUCAUUCUAAAGAUAUGAAUGCUGAAAUGUUUUUAGAACAACAGUUCUCAUUCAAAACCACUAAUCUGAAUUACAAAUGAGCUGAAAAAAAAAG